AUGCCGUCCCCAGCACCAGAAACCCAGCCCCCGCGCUCCCCGCAACCGCCAAAAGCCCGCUUCCGCUCACGCUCGCGCUCCCCACGUCGAGAAGACAGGGACAGGGAUAGCAACCGGGGCUCCGAGCGCCGCCGUUCUCGCUCUCGCUCCCCACCGCGCCGCCCAAAGAACUUCUCUGGGCUUAAGUGGAAGAAGCAUGACCGACGUGAUGACUCUGAGCGAGAUGGUGAGCGGAAUAUAGGUCGGGGAUAUCGGGCGCAAGAGGAAGAUAGGAGGAGGAGGGAUAGGAGUAGAGAUCGGGAGAGGGAUAGGGAGGACAUCGACCGUGACCAAACCCUUCCUCCUCCCCGCUCCAACUCCCACCCCAAGCCCCGCGCCAAAAAGCCCGACAAGGCCUCCGGUCCCACUCCCGCCGCCCCACCAAGUGAACCCAUGAUCAUCGUAACCGUGAACGACCGGCUCGGCACGAAAGCGCAAAUCCCGUGUUUUGCCUCCGACCCAGUCAAAGUCUUCAAAGCGAUGGUUUCGGCGAAGAUUGGGAGACCAGCACAUGAAAUUAUGUUGAAGAGGCAGGGAGAGCGGCCGUUUAAGGAUCAUAUUACUUUGGGUGAUUAUGGGGUUAGUAAUGGGGUGCAGUUGGACCUUGAGUUGGAUACUGGGGAUUAA